AUGACCAUCAAAUCCUUCUCCUCAAGGGUUCGCAUUCGGGACAGUUUGAGCAGAACCGUCAUCAUUUCCAAGAAUGACUUAAAAUGCAGCCUGGAGCAACUACAAUGCCAUUUUACAUGGAAUUUGGUGAAGGAAGAUGUGGAUCUGGAAUCCCUAGAGGACAAAACGGGCCAUCAGAUUGAAUUUCUCACGCAAUCCCUGAUCGCAAGCUACAAUAUGCUGUCAUAUGUGUGUCACCUAAAGCACUUGAAUGAGGACGCCCUGCAAAAUCUCCAAAAAGCAGAAAAAGAAAUUAAAAUAAAGCAUCCAGAUGACAUCGAGAGGAGAAGUCUUGUUACGUGGGGGAACUAUGCCUGGAUUUAUUACUACAUGAACAAAUAUGAAGAAGUUCAAACCUAUUUAAGGAAAGUGGAAGACACCUGCAAAAAGCUUUCAAGCACAGCUCGCUUUCAAGUACAGCUUCCAGAGAUCUAUUCCGAGAAAGGCUGGGCAUUACUAAAGUUUGGGAGGGGAUACUAUAGCAGAGCAAAGGAGAGUUUUCAAAAAGCCCUGGAGACAGAACCCGACGAUCCCGAAUUUAACGUGGGCUAUGCAAUAGCAGUGCAUCGUUGGGAAAAUGUUGUGAGAAAAGCCCUAGCAGUAACUCCAACAUGCAGCUUUUUGCAUCACCAGAUGGGAGUCUGCUAUAGAGCCAAACUGUUUGAACUGAAAAAGAGAAAAUAUGCCCCCAGAGAGCAAAUGGAAGAACUCAUUCGACUUGGCAUUUUUCAUUUGAAAAGAGUGAUCGAGUACAAGUCAACGUGUUUUGCUGCCUACGGUGACCUAGCAGGUAUGUAUGCAGAAGGAAAACAGUACUACCAAGCAGAAGCCACAUUUCAGAAGGUGUUUCAAAUGACAAAUUUACAUCCUCUAGACACACAGCAACUCUACUACACUUACGGAAUGUAUAAGCAUUUUCAUAUGAAAUCAGAAUCUGAAGCUAUUAAAUAUUUCACAGAAGGGCUGAAAAUUGAGCAGGAUUCCACGACAGGAGCUAAGUGCAAAACUGCUCUGCAGAAAUUGUUGAAACAGAGAAUUCAGAAAGGCUUAGGAGACGCGGCAGCUUUUAGCACCCUCGGGCUCAUUCAUGAGCUAAAUCAUGAGGAAGAGCAGGCAACAGAGUGCUACAAGAAAGCCCUGGAGCUGGAUCCUGAAAAUGAAGAAUACCUGCGUGCAUUACAGAAGCUGCAAAUUUCCAUCUGA